GCUUAUUCUGUCUUAAUGGGCUUCUGUUACUUAGGUCAAGCACUCAGCCAGUGGUUGUAGACUAGAGAAACAAAGAUAUCAUUACUGUUACUUACCGCACUUAAACAUACACAAUAAUCUUCACAAACAUUACAAAGUGCUUAUUCCCUUAUAUUUACUGUUAAAUUCUGGUAUUUUCAGAAUUCAAAUCAUGCCACACAAAUCCAGGUACGCAAACAAAUGACCUAAUGAUCACUGAACUGCAGCUAAUCAGAAAACCCACAAGGUGGCAAUAUAAGAUCCUUUGAGAUCAGCUCAGGGUUAGUCAGUGAUCCUGGAUCCCACCUUAUGUGGUGGGAAAAAUAUGUAUAAUUUGUAACUAAUAAAACACUGAUUGGAAUAAAGUAUUGCACCGGACAGAUACAAUUACCUCAUAUAUCUCAUAUAGUUUGUCUAUAGAGCUAGUUCGCUCUAAAACAGUAGGCUAUCUUCUGCAUGUUCUGUUGUGCCUCUCGCAAUCUCAAUGAGCUACUACUAAGAUAAAGUUUAAUCUUGAGAAUGACACGUAUGGUACACUCCAUAUGUUUUAAUGUUAUAAGGGCAAUGACUAAGCACAAAAAAAUUGAAUCUUGUCCAAAUAGUUAUGGCAUUUUCUGUAAUAACAUGUAAGACUUGGCUUCAAAAGAAGUGGAAAUGUGACUGGGCAUGAUAGUGGAAAGCCCAUAUACUGGGUCAUAACCCACAGAGCUUUGGAGACCAAAGGGAACAUUAUCAUUACUGCUGUCUGUGCAGACCCAGAGGACUAUACAGGGAAAGGUCACUGAACAGCAUGACACUACAAUUGCAAACACUAUCAGUUUUAGGGAGUAAAGAAGGUUAAGUUUAUAAUUUCUGUUAAUUUUUGUGCUCAUACUUUAAAAAUAUAUUUUUUAGGUGUACUGCUAGUACAGGGUUUCAUUUCUCUGUCAGAAUUUGAGUUAUCAGUUCCAUUUGAAAAAGCUCUAAUCGAAGGUACAAUAAAAUUAGAUAAUAAAUAUUGAGAUUACUGGUCAUAGUUUACAUAAUUGUUGUUGAUUGUUUAAUCUCUCUGAAAGGAAAUUUGAACUGAUGUUUAUUGAAAACGUUGUGGUAAAGGUAUUCAGGAUCCCACCACCAUUAGAUCCAGGUUUAGCCUUCUCUCUCUCCAUCUGUCUCCCAUCAUUAUAUGUUCGUGAGCUCUCUUCCCUCUCCUAUUAUCAGCUGCGGGACUCCCCCUUUCACUUCCUCCCCUCCCCCGACCUGCUCGAAGUAAAACGACCGUCCCUAGUGCUCCAACUUUCUUUGCCUCUGCAUCUCCUAAAGUCAUAGGAUGGCAGCAUUUCUGAAAUCCCUUCGGAAUCUGAAGAAUGAGAUUGUUCUAUUCUCUGCCCCGUUACUUCUUCUCCCGCUGCCUUUAGUCAUUGGAACAAAGGAGGCAGCAUGUGCCUAUGUGAUCAUCCUGAUGGCAGUGUACUGGUGUACAGAGGCCUUACCGCUGGCUGUCACUGCCCUGCUCCCUGCUGUCCUCUUCCCCAUGUUUGGCAUCAUGCAGUCCAAAGAUGUGUGUAUGCAGUACCUGAAGGACACCAACAUGUUGUUUGUGGGAGGACUGAUGGUGGCGGUGGCAGUGGAGCACUGGAACUUGCACAAACGCAUUGCCCUCCGAGUGCUGCUCUUUGUAGGGGUGCGCCCCGCUCUUCUGAUGCUGGGCUUCAUGGGGGUGACAGCCUUCCUGUCCAUGUGGAUCAGUAACACAGCCACCACAGCCAUGAUGGUGCCCAUCGUCCAGGCUGUUCUGGAGCAGCUCAACAACUACACAGAGACUGAGAUGCCUGUGAUCCUCAGUACUGAGGAGAACCCCCAACCUCAGGACCCCACUGACAGCAAACAGACGGAGAAACAGGCAGAGGGACAUGUUGUGGUGACCUGUUUAGACCCGUUUGUGGAGGCUAUCCGGCGUAAGGAGGCUGCAGACAAGAAGAAGAUGUGUAAGGGCAUGACGCUGUGUGUGUGCUACGCUGCCAGCAUCGGGGGCACUGCCACCCUCACAGGGACUGGCCCCAACCUGGUGCUCAAGGGACAGAUGAAUCAGCUGUUUCCUAACAAUGGCGAUGUCAUCAAUUUUGCGUCCUGGUUCGGCUUUGCUUUCCCCAACAUGAUUCUGAUGCUGACCCUGGCUUGGCUCUGGCUGCAGUUUGUCUUUAUGGGAUUCAAUUUUAAGAAGACGUGGGGCUGUGGGGCAGUGAAGACAGAGAAAGAGAUAGCUGUGUACAAUGUGAUCAAGGAGCAGCAUCGUCAGCUGGGCUCCAUGUCUUUUGGAGAGCUGAGUGUGCUGGGUCUGUUCAGUUGUCUGGUGGUUCUGUGGUUCACCAGAGAUCCUGGCUUCGUGGCAGGCUGGGCCACAUACAUCUUCAAUGCUGACGCAGAAUAUGUAACUGAUGCCACAGUGGCAGUGUUCAUCGCUGUCCUUCUCUUCGUCCUGCCUUCCAAGCCCCCACGCUUCUGUUGCAGGAGGUCCCAAAGCUUUGACACUGAGCACCAACACCCAGCUGACCCCACACCAGCUCUGCUGACCUGGAAGGUGGCCCAGAAGAAGUUACCCUGGAGCAUUGUUCUCCUCUUGGGGGGAGGGUUCGCCCUGGCCAAGGGCAGCGAGGAGUCAGGUCUGUCUAUGUGGAUGGGGGACCAGAUGACUCCCCUCCACACCAUCCCACCCUGGGCCAUCGCUAUCAUCCUGUGUCUGCUGAUCGCCAUCUUCACAGAGUGCACCAGUAAUGUGGCCACUGCCACUCUCUUCCUACCUGUCCUCGCCUCAAUGUCCCAGUCCAUUGGAAUGAAUCCUCUGUACGUCAUGGUGCCUUGUACUCUCAGUGCUUCCUUUGCCUUCAUGCUACCUGUGGCCACACCACCCAAUGCUAUCGUCUUCUCAUACGGCUACCUCAAGGUUUCUGACAUGGCUAGGACAGGUAUAGUGAUGAACAUCAUCGGCAUCCUGUGCAUCACUCUGGCCAUCAACAGCUGGGGCAGGGCCAUGUUCCACCUAGACACCUUCCCUACUUGGGCCAACACUACUGGUGUUUGAGGGCACCAAGGGGCCCCGGUCCACACCAUGAGGAAUGCACAUAGAGGGCCCCUAAUGUGCCAUGGACCUCUGGCGAGAAAGGCACCAACGUGACUGGUCGUGUUAGGUUGUUGGGAGAAAAGCCACAUAGCUUCCAUUACAAAGGACACUUGAAUCACCCUGUGGAAAGAGAGGAUGGAUGGAUGGAUGGAUGAGUGGGUGGGUGGAUUGGAGGAUGAGUUUAACUGGAGAGAAGAAUGAGGUUAAAAGUAGCACUACUGUACUUUUAAUGCUGUAAUGUGUUAUACAGAGUAUGUCCAGUUCCAUUUAAAAUGCCCAAGUAUUAUCUCCAUCACAUUAUCAUGUUCUCAACUUCUCACUCUCAGAAGAAGGUUCUGUCUCAUAUUUGUUGGUCUGUUUAUAUCUCAAGACCCAUAGUUGAAAUCCAUUUGGGGUUUAAGAUUUUUGAUAAACUGUUAAUUUGCACAAAACAGCUUCUGAACUAUGUUUCCAUGACCAAAUAAUGUCAUCUUCUCUGCUCUCUGCUCAUCUAUAGUCUUAUAUUAACUUGUUUUAAUUUUGCUCGUAGUCAAUGGUGAAACAUGGUGCAAUGUACUACCGACCCCAUUUGAACUUUGAAUACUGUAUGACUGUAUAACUUGAGAUCCCUCUGUACACACUUUUCUAAACUUGAAUCAUUGGGGCUGGAAAAUGCAAAACAUAUUGAAAACUCCGAUAUGUGAAUAUACUGUACGAUGGUUACUGUGUGCUGACACUUUGAUGUUUCUCCUUUGUUAUAACAGUAAUAUAAUAUGUAAUUCAAUACUUUUUAUUGAAUUAUUGGUAUAUUAUCUUGAUCAAAAGUUGUAUAUUUAUGAGAUGUAAUAUAGUUUAUAGUGUAUUGUAUAUGGUGCUUGCUAUUGCACCCUCUGAAAUGGACAAAAUGUCAAAGGUAAUGUCUGGGCUGCUUGCAUGUACAGUCAGAGAUGGGCAAAAAUGACAAGAUACAAUUACAAAAUACAAUUACAGAAUACAAUUACAGAAUACAAUUACAAAAUACCAUAAAGAUCAAUGUAUCAAAAUAAACUACAAAAUACUUGUAUUUUGAAAUGUAUUUAAUUAAAUUACAUGUAUUUUGUAUUUUAAAAUACAGAAAUAGAUUUGCAAGUUGCUGGCCCGAACUGCAACAACAUUCUCAGUAACGGUUACAGAAACGUUUUACUUGCUGUGACUGUGAUAUGUUGUUAUUUAUCUACCUUAGGUAAAUGCACUGACUGCAUAUGUGAAAAUGAACAUACCAAACUGAACUGCAAAGUACACUGUGUAUUAUUAUUGGCCUUGUUUCGGGGUCAUGUCUAGAUGGGAUACAGCUUAACCUAAUUUUCUAACCUGCUAAUAAGUUAAUUAUCCUAACCUACUGCGUAAGUCCUCCUAAACCUGCUAUGAAAAGUCAAUUUUGACAAAGCUGUGUCCCUUUUACACAAAAUCUUUUUUUCGGGGCGAAGCUCAUUAGAAUAAUACUCUGCUUGCUUUGCAAUUGUCCAUUUUUACAUACACAUUUAUAUUUAGUUCAUUUAGCAGACCACACCAUAGUGCUGUUAGACUUCUGAUACCAAUGCAAGGUGAAAGGGAGCCACAAAAUGGUGAACCGCUAUACAAAAUGAAAAUACUAAUUACUGUACAGCUCUUGAAAGUAUCUUGUUACAAAAUACAUUGGAGUGUAGUUCAGCCCAGUGUAAUAUAAAUGACAAAA